CUAGAUCAAUCACACCCUCCCUUAAGGCCUUAUGGCAACAUAGUUAAUACCAAAAUACCGUAGCGUAGUGAUGUGCGUUAAGACCGCCUGGGAAUGCACGAGCCAGCAGUUGACUGGAGCCUGUCUCAUGCUCAAUGGGGUUUUGACGUAUUUGUAUAGUGGCACGUUAUUCCAAUUUGUCUAUGUGACGGUCAAAAUUGGCAAAGUUUAUGAGUUUAGCACACUUUAUGUGCUCAUGUCGUGGGUGGAGGGCGUUUGCGUAUUUCUGCUGCUCCUCGACCUCUGCUGGAUUUGCUGUCGCAUGGGCAAUCUACUGCUGGCGUCCAUUAUAGUUUGCUUUUCGUUGGGGGUCUUUCUGCUCUUUGCCGGCAGCUACAGCGUCAUCAAGUAUACGGAUGUCUAUGUGGUAGUGCGCAGCUUCUACACCGACAAUCUGUGGAACUAUGAGAUCGUGUACCACUGCUGCGGCAUCGAUGGCCCCUUCAACUAUGGCAAUGUAAGCCAGAAGGACACUGUGCCAGCCUCGUGCUACCGAAAGCAAGUGGAGACUCCCGAGAAUCUGUAUAAUCGCGGCUGCCUUUUUGCCACAGAGGAUAGCUGGUUCUGGUUCGUCUUUGCCAACUGCUAUUGGUUUGCCUUUGUGCUCUUCUUUGUGAAUCUUAUCACCCACUGGAAGCUGAGGAAACGUCUCAGAGACUACUGAACAACAGAAGCUAUCGCAAUUUGGCUUGAUAAGAUAUAUCGUAUGUAUCAGUGGAUAGAUCGCAGCUUUUGCUUUCGAUAUCUUGUCCACUUGCAAGCCGUUUCAAUUGCUCGACUGUGUGCCCCGGGAGUAUAGAAUGCGUUGCCAACGCCCACGGCUCGACCACAAAAGCCACACAAAAAGCCAUUAGCCAUUAACAACGGCGGCCCACAGCAUCCGCCAGGCGUUGGUUAACCACAAAAUAUCGUUGUCUCCAUGACAGCAACUACAACAACAACAACAACAACAUCGGCAGCUGCAACAGCAGCAACAACGGUGCAAAUGCCUUUUAAUUUGUCAAAGCCUAAAAUAUGAAAAUUAAAUGAGAAACCAAAGCAGUGCAGUGCGCACAGUGGUGCAAGACUAUGUAAAUAUAUA